CGCUUGAUAAGAAUCCACUCUACAGUACAAAUAAUCUCACGAAAGGAAACAACCACCUCACACAAAGAGUGGGCAGUUGAGAGAGUGCUUGAUUGGUGCUUUCUUUGGAUGUCUCUUACUCAGAGAAACACUGGGCGUAGGCUGAUUCGAUUCAAUCUUCACAUCCAGUCUAGAGACUGUAAGCACAUCAACCCAAUUGAUACUGCACUGUAGCGACAAGAGAGACUAGAUCUAGCUAGCUAGUAGUGGGAGUGGGAGACAGAGCAAGAGAAAGAGCACAAAGGCAGGAAGUAGUACAGAACACAACACACCAAGCAAACCAUCAACCAUGACGUCCAUGGCAUCCAUGGCAUCCUCGUUGGACUCUCUGUCGACGCAUUCACUGCACCAGUCGUCGCUGCACAUGCUGGGCAUUCGUCGCAUUCCUACCAAUGAGAGUUCCGCGUCUCGUGGUUCCCGUCGCAGUCGGAUGAGUGUUGGCGUGGGCGGCGGUCGCGAAAAGUACUCGAAUCAUGACUUUAUGGGAGCAUUGACGCAUCUGGGAUCGUUUGUCGACGAAGAUACCAUGCCCUACAUUGCCGAACGUCCGUUGCCGUCGGCGUUUAUAGAACCCAACGAGAUUCGCGAAGGCAAGUGUUUGGGGGAGGGCGAGUUCUCCAAAGCCUACGAGAUUCGGGGAUUCCGAUUCAGCAAGAGUCGAGAGAGGGCCAAGCCGUUGGCGGGGGUCAUGCACUACAGCAACAACGCCACUACGACCGGUACGACGACGAACACUGCCGCUACUACAAACACGGGCGAUGGCAAUACUGCCAGUAACAGCAGCAAGCACAACAGCAACAACUCGUACGCCAUCAAGCGCAUCUACGUGAAACCACCUCCGGAUUCGAGCGCCAUCAACUCGACGACGUUUGACUACAUUGCCACUCACUUUAACAUUGCGGCCAAGAUACUGGUGCGGGAAUGUCUCUACUUGGCCAACCUGCAUCAUCCCUUCAUUCUAGCGUAUCGAGGAUUCUUCCUCAAAGACAAGGCGGCUUUUGACAAUCAACAGCUCGAUGCCUUUUAUCUCGUCACGGACCGCAUGGGAGAAACACUCGAACAGCGCAUGAAAAAGUGGAAACACAACAAACUCAAACUCGAAAAGGAAUGUCCGACGGAACGAUUCAUUCUCGAGUCCGUACACAUGGACUUGAAAGUCAGUUAUACGACCAAACUCAACAUGCAUAAGAGUCACACCAGCAGCAAGCUGCGGAAACAAAAGCAAAAGGAUGACAGUUUGGCACACUCACAGCAUUCCCUGCGCAGUUUGGGCAGUAGUAUUGGGAGUGCGACUGGGAUUGGCAGUAUUGGGAGUAGUAUUGGGAGCGCCACCGGUAGCAGUAGUGGCAGUGGCAAUCAUUCGGGCAAUAGUGCCAACUCCAACAACAACAGCAAGGCCAAAACCAAACAACAACGAAAACCAGAACGAUAUCCACAGGAUCUCGUCGCGUUGCAGACCAAUUAUGCGCUCCAAAUUGUACACGCAUUGGAGUAUCUGCACGAUCGGGGCAUUGUCGUACGAGAUUUGCGACCCAACACGAUCGGAUUCAAAGAUUAUCCCAAUCAUCACACCAUUCAACUCUUUGACUUUGGAUUCUGCAAAGAAGUGCCAACCAAUGGCGCUCUCUUGCCUCCAGAGACGGUGCGAGCACCUGCGAGUAGUAACGGUGGUGGCGGUGGCGGACUGUCGACGUCUCUUCAUCGUGGGCCUGGUUCCAGUAUGUCUGGAGGUAGCGGCGGACUGUCAACAUCUCUACAUGGUGGGCGUCGUACAAGUACCUUGGCAGGUAUUGAAGACGACGAUGAAGACAACAACAAUCCCGAAGACCCAUUCAUGUCGUCGUCAUCCUUUAAGGACAACGGCUUGGACGGAAGUUCCCAUUCCACCGCGGGUCCAUCCAGUUUUCGACGACGCAUGAUGAUCCGAAAAACAUUUAGUCGAGACACCAGUGCGGCGCAAAAGGUCAUGCCACGAGCCGAUGCCAAGCAUUAUAGGGCACCCGAGUCGUAUCCCUUUGUGCGACAUACAGUACGCAAAGCACGCAGUGCAUCGACCACGGCCAGAACCACACCAGAGUCGGUACCGGAAACUCGCCGAGCGUCCACCAUGACGGAUGUCAAAUACCGGUAUAAUAAAACCGUCAAGAGUAGCGCUGACAACUCCAACAACGAGGCGUCCGAACCAAAGCACCGCUAUUUCGGAUACAAUUGCAAAGCCGACAUUUACUCUCUCAGCAUGAUCUACUUUGAAAUGCUCGCCGAAGGAAAGCCAUACUCAAGGUCGAUUCUGCAACGGGACGGACACUUUCAUCAAAUUCAAUCACAGGGGCAACGACCCAGUCUCGCAAAGUAUCACUUUCCGAGAACCAUCAAGAUCAUUCUCGAACAGGCAUGGCAUCCCAAUCUAGACAAACGCAUGAGUGCGGCACAAAUGCGACAACGAAUGACGGCCAUUCUGCAAAUGCUCGAAUGGAAGGGCGGUCCCGUCGUCCUCGGGGCAACACCAACCAACAACAAUAAUAAUGACAAUGCCAGCUCGGUAUCCUCCGCGUCGUCGUCGUGCGGGACCAUUACCAGCAGCGAAGAAAAUCAACAAGAUCCACUCGAUCCCGUCCAUUACCUUCCAAGUCGGGCGGAAGCAUUGCUGGUGGGAGCCUAUCGACAAGGUGGGCCUCCGAGUGGAGGCUGGAGUUCUGUGUGGAAUCCGAAAUGUUCACGACCCAAAAAGCUAGACUCCAAGGCCGUCAUGGAUGCCAUCCAAGAACGACGGGUCGUCAAGAACAAGAAUCCCAAGAAUGAGAAAGGCAAACGAAAGAACAAACAACAGCCCAAAAAACCGGUAACCUUCCGAGACUAUCUGCCAUCGAUGAAGGCGGGUAUGGUGGAUAGGGAUUACAACAACGCACAAGUCAAUCGGCUGCUGGGAAGUAAGAAAAAGAAGAAAACAAAGUCAUGAGAUUGCCCACGGCUCGUGCGAGCCACAAAAGUGGGGUAUUCGGACCUCGAAUGACUGCACCGAGCUGAAUCAAUCGCACGCGAAGCGUCAGUUUGAGCCCCAUUUAGCUAAGUAUUCAAUUACUAUAUGAACAUACAGCAGCGAUAGUUGCUUGCGUGUGAUCUGCUGCGGAUUUAUUUAUGAGAUCAAGCGUCGUCACUGUGGUCUUGAUGAGUGCACGAAACACGAAUGCUACACGGACGACCGGGUUUGGGCAUUGUGAACCUUACUAUCCUUGCGGGGGUAGUACUUGCUUGUUUCAGAUGUAGUGGGAAGGCCUCUUUAAUGUCUUCUCUGCCAGCCACCCCAGCACCAGUAGUUGCUUUCCUCGCACUCGGCGGGCUUCAUAAGCCGAUAUUACCUAGUACUCAAAGGCAUCAGUGUACCGCUAACUAAAGGGCUCAGUCCGAACAAUACCCGAAGGAGUACGAAGUUGGUUUGAGUUCCAAGAGCUCAAGUUUUUGCCAAGCAACAAGGGAGCCUCUCAAGCUUGGAAGCCACUUUUUCUCCCCUCACUGGUCCGGUGGAGCCUGGAGCCGUGGCAUCUCCCGGCUAUGCUUGCUGAAACUAUUCAUACGAAAUGCAACAUAGUCUGCUGUUUGCCUCAUUGACUUAUUUUAAGCUAGUACUGUUUGUUUGGUACGAACAACAGAGACCUGCAUCAAGAUAGAACACAGAGCUUGGUGGAGGAGGUGGACAAAUUGACAGGCUCAGUGGAUCGCUGCUCUCGAAGGGCUGAAUAUGCAGGCGUGCUGAAUAUGCAAGGAUCUGAUGUGAAGUAGAGAAGGAUGGCGUGCACUGCACGCUGUGCGCACAGAUCACAGAUAGUACUGGUACCAUGUAACGUAGCACUGCCCGUUUUGUUCAUAGAUCAAGCAACAUCGUUGGUAAUGUCCAAUGCGUCUUGAAUGAUCGCCGACAAGCGUCUCAAACGAUCAUUCCGAGAUUCUCCAUUGCGGUUAGCAGUAUGCAAGGACACAGAACCACGCAUGCGACGAGCCAUUGGCAAAGCGUUCGAGGAGACCUGGGAGGAUGCAGGGAGAUUCAUGUAUCGAUCCCUCGAUGCAACGUUGGCCGCGGAUCGAGAGGAUGCAGCAAGAUGAAUGUACGGGUACCGGUAGCGUCCCUGAGUGCUCCAUUGACAGAUGUCGUUGUGGAAGUGGUGCGACGGUUGGAUGCAGCAUUUCUGCUGCCAUCUUCGUUGCGAGCCAUUCUGGCGGUGGUCCAAGACGGGUGCUGGGAGUUCUUUGGCAUGUUGGAUUUUUCGUUUGGUGUGUUUUGCAAAUUGUGUCUGCUAUCCUGACUUUUCGGGUCAGUUUUUGAGCAAAGCUUUGGUUCCACGCCACCGCCAGCAAAAGCCGCACAGGUUCCAAAGAAUUCGUGACAGGCGUGGCAUUGAAUCGUGUGCUUUUACAGCUUGACUGACUGUUGACAGCAACCUUUUUUCCAGUGUCUUUCGGACCGUCUGACGUUUCUCAAGAACAUGUUUCGUAAAAAUACAGAUUUUCACACGCCUCAGGCUUUGUUUUUCAAAGCUGUAGUGCGGUACCGGUAUACCACUUGCUACCGGUAGCUAGACCUAACGUAUGUCAUAAAAAGGAGACCUAAUUUAGCAAUUUAGCUCCUAAUUUAAUUAAUUAAUGCCAAGAACAACAAGAUGGGAUCUGUGGGGAAUGUGCAAAUGAUUGGAAUUGUGGAAACCACUAUUAAUACACCAGCGGACAUUGGUGACUGUAAGCUCAGAGUAUCUUACCGUUAGGAUAGACAGCUUAACCAAAAUCCGAACACGGGAGCAAUGUCAAAGAACAUUCGAGGAACAGUUCGUUUGGAAUGGGGUUCUUUUUCUGUGAGAAAAGUGUUAUGACACAUCUGAAAAUGUUAUUUAUUGAUUGGAUAGUCUUUAGGUCUUCUUUUAACUGAGCUGCCCGGGUACUGGUAUUUAUUAAUAAGUCAAACCAGUUAGGUCUAGCUUUUCCUACGUGGCCUGGCGACUGGUGGUAUUUGAUUGAAAACACUAAGACACCAAAGUCCUGCCGCAUCCAGUCUCGGAGUAACUCUCCUCAGCUCCUACUAGUACCCACAAGUACAGCUACAGUACCGUACCGAUAGAGACUGUCAGUAGCCCUGUCAGUCCACAGUACUACACUGUACAUUGGCCAGCGCAGCGAGAUCCUGCACACACGUGUACGAGGGCUUUCGUUGGCCAAAGAUUGAACGAUUGACUGUUCGGAGAAAAAGAUUCAAGGAGUUCUCCGUGGAAGUGUGGGUCGUUCCAUCUGACCUUUUCCGCCCAGCGCAGCC